AUAAUAUUUUUAGAAGUACAUUCAAGUUUAGGCUUGCGCUCCGCAAACUCCGCAAACAGUGGCACCUUCACCAACUGCAAGAGAAAGGCGUCAUACUAAUUUGUUAGAAGUGACUGUAAACACUUUUUGGAAGUACGAUUACGAUUGGCAGAAGACUAGGGAAAAUAAAACAAAUCUUAUGAUUGAGUUUGGCAAGUAUCUCACCAAGAAAGGCCUGCACUAUGCCGAGGAAGAUGUGCUGGAAAGCGAAAAGAAUGGACAUUUGAGUUAUACUUAUUUAAAUCAUUAUGAUGGUGAUUGUGCAUGGGUAAGAGAUGUUUAG